AUGCAGAAAAACACCAAAAUUGUGUAUCGUGUCUUUCUGGAUAGGCCUUGCGAAGCUAUAGUUCGCAAAUCUGCUGCUAGAGAUUUGUGCUGGGAAUUGAACUCGCCAAAGCAGUGGCGGUACGCGUCCCCCGUGGAGGUAGCGAGCACGUGCGCGAGCGCGGCGGUCGCGUGCGCGUGCUCGUGCGCGCUGCUCGCCGCCAUCGUGGCGUACGGCGAGAUCACGUCGCUGUUCGUGCAGAGGCACCGCGCCACGCCCACCACGCCACACAUAUACAUACUCAUCAUUCGUUCUUGUCGCAGGCCGGAAGGUAACCGCACUAGCCACAUGGACGCUCUUGUAGAAGAUUCAAUAGCGUUUGGUGUGGCUAGCGUCGCCAUAAUGGCGGCGCAACUCAGCACCGCCGCCAUAGCAGUAACACUGGCCAACUGGGCCGCCAACAGAAUGGUAUCAAGAUUAAGAUGGCGGCUGCUGCGAGCUGUCAUCACACAGGAGGUCGCCUUCUUCGAUACAAACACCAACAUGAACUUCGCAUCCGCUCUCACAGAGUAAGAUAGUUACUAUAUUCAUUUCAAAGGAACCGAAUGAUUGGUGUAACGCAGCUAUCAUGAAAUGCUUCUGAUGCAUCGCUCGAUUGUUGAUAUAUUUACAGUUUAUGUUUUAUAUAUCUGAAUAUUCACGUCUGUCUCUUGGCCGGUAGUCGAACAAACUGAUCGCCACAAGGCACGAUCUUUAUUAUUUCUUUCGUUUCCUUGAAUGUUGAUUGAUGUUUUCAUUAAUUUCAAUAAGGUCAAAUCAGAAUCAAAAACUUUUUAAAAUGAUACCCUGAAUUCGGGCUCUAUCCAUAGGACUAAUGACGAAUUGUGAUAAUAUUUUAUUUUCAUACUAUAUUUGUAAACAUUAUUUAAUUUGUUUAUCUAACAACUUAAAAUUGUUAUAUGUUGCGAAUAAAUACGAGUAAAUUAAAGCUAAUAUCAGACAGUAUCAUUAUAAUAAUCGCUUA